UGCGGCGGGCACGCCUUUCAUGUGACUUCCUUUUCACUUUUUAUCGGGGAAAAAAUACACUGAACGCAAAAAAGCUUGUAUUUUGUCCUGUUUCUUUUUCUUCGGGAGUAUUACGAAGAGAACUAACCAUCGCAGGACUUAAUAUUUUACAAUUUAAUGAUGGGAAUUCGGUGGUUGUUGGCUGCUAGUGUGUUUUAUUUACCUUAGUUAGCAGCCGUGCUACUACCGUACAGUGAGGCGAUGCUAAUGUCUGUUAGCUGUGCGCGAGGACACACAGCCUUAUGAUAGUCCUUUGGUUUAACGUGGUGGGGGCUCUGGUACUGUUAGAAGAUUUUUCAGCCUGAUUCUAAUAUCUUUCAGUAAUGGAAGAAGUUGACAGGAUUUUAAUCCAUUCACUAAGACAGGCUGGCAUUGAUAUAGAUGAAGAUGUGCAGAGUGUUAAGCAGUUCUCCAGUGAGCUCAUAGUGCAGGCGGUGGUGAGAUGUUUACGUGUGAUUGACCCUGCCAUGGGCAAUGGACUCUCUCCCAUGUUGCCGCCUGGCAUGUCUGCCCGCUUCAGGGUGGGCAUGAGCCUGGCCCAAGCCUGCCAGGACUUGGGCUAUAAGGGUGAGAUUGGCUACCAGACAUUUCUAUACAGUAAUGAGCCAGAGAUUCGCUCUUUACUUAUGUUCCUGGUGGAAAAGCUGCCUCGAGAGAGGGCAGAGGUUUCUGACCAACCAGCAGGUGAUCCAUUCAUUAACAUACUCACGGAAGUCUGCUCUCCUGCAGAAAGCCAUAGCAGCCCAGAUUAAAGCUCAGCUGGUGUUGCCUUGGCUCCCUCCAUCCUGCAGACUGCCCAUGCACCACAAAACCCAGAGUCCUGGCCCAUGUCACAGUUUUCAUGCCCAGCCACUGAGUCUCCCUUACUCACUGAAGGUUCCUGCCAAAAAACAGUCUAAAGAGGUAAAAGAGUAUUGGAGGGAGUAUUUGCUGCCUGUGACAUCUCAGCCGUCUCGAGCUGCCUCAGUGCCUGCCUCUCUGUUGGAGAAUCACGUUUCUGAACUCAGCGCAGCACAGGAAUGGGAGAACGAGUGGAACAGCCAAGGACUUCUCUCCAGACUCACUCCCGAGGACUAUCGCUCAAGGAAAAGAAUGCGGUUGCAGAAGCGAAUAGAGGAGCAGCUGAGGGCGGCUGCCCAGCCUCGGCCUGACACACACAGUGCCACACGUUCCACCUCUGACCUUUCUGAGCUGUUAAACUCCUUUGCUGGAGCUACAACAGGAGGCGAUGUCUUGACCAAAGGCACACGCUUCACCCACUCUGAAAAAUUCACCUUCACACAGGAACCUGAGAAAGCUGCUCAGCAGAUGGCAGCAGCAGCAAGUGCACUUCCCAGCUCCCACCAGUCAGAGGAGGACCUAAAGGCCCAGCAGGAGGCCGAACUCUCUGUACUCCAGCAGCAACUACAGCAACUUUCUGUCCAAAUGGAGGAGGUGGGCGGAGACAUAAGGCAACUCACAGUGUCCAUUCAUCAGGUGUCAGAUGAGCUAAAACAAAAAGAGGUACGUAAUUCGGAGAAGGAGAACACCGUCAGGGUUAAAAAACAGACCAUCAACCUCCUGCCAGAUGCUGAGAACAACCUGAUUAAGUUACAGAGCCUGGUGGAGGCAAGCUCAAAGCGAGUGGUUCAUUUGGCCUCACAGUGGGAGAAGCACAGAGCACCACUUAUUGAUGAACACCGCCGCCUUAAAGAACUCUGCAGUAAUCGAGAGAUGGAGUCCUCUAGAAAGUUAUCUGAUAUCAAAGAUCUUCAUGAUAAAAUCCGACAGUCUGCUGAAGAGGCCAAAAAGAAGGAAAGCCUACAUAAGCAGUUGAUCACAGAGUAUGAGACAUUGCCUAAAGAUGUCUCCCGUUCAGCCUACACUAUGAGGAUCCUGGAAAUUGUUGGCAACAUUAAAAAACAGAAGGAGGAAAUCACGAAGAUUUUGUCGGACACUAAAGACCUGCAGAAAGAGAUUAACGGGCUUACAGGAAAGCUGGACAGAACGUUUGCUGUAACAGAUGAACUGGUUUUUAAGGAUGCCAAGAAAGAUGAAUCUGUUCGUAAAUCUUACAAAUACCUGGCUGCACUACAUGAGAAUUGCACCCAGCUUAUUCAGACCAUUGAGGACACAGGCAGCAUCAUGAGAGAGAUCAGAGACCUGGAGGAACAGAUUGAGACUGAAAAUGGUAAAAAGACUGUUAGCAACCUGGAGAAGAUUCUGGAAGACUACAAGGCUAUUCGACAAGAAAACUCUGCCCUAGCUGCUAAGAUAAGAGAAGGCUAACUCAACCGGGGAAGUGUUUACUGGGACUAUACAGACAGUAUGAUCGGCUCUAAUGGUAAAGCUAGUGUCACUCCAUCUCCAAGCUCACGAGCCAUCCGUGAUCUUUAUAAAUUCCAAACCAAACAUCUACAAAGCCUCUUUUGGCUGGAGAUGUGGACACAAUACUCUUUUGUAUCAAAAUGACAGAAAUUUAGUUUGUUGUGAAAAUGUUGGCACUAUUUGAAUGUAUUCUGAUCAUCUGCUCUUCCCCUCGUUUGGCCUUGACUACAGCGGUUCAAGGAGGAUCAGUACAUAUGCUUUGCCUGUAAAUACACAAUGAAAUCUUUUAUUGUGUAACCAAAAAUGUCCAUCAACUGUGACCCCGAUUUAGAUUUUUCUUAGUCAAAAUUGCUAAUGAGAGCACUGAAAUAUUACAGAAAUAUGGUUACACUUGGGAGGUUGAGAUAGUUUAAAAAGCUUCCCAGUGGGAAGCAUCCUGUGUAGUAUUUGUGCUAUGUAAGAUCUUAUAUAACAUCUGUAUAGUGUCUUGCCCAUGGCUUUGAGCUGCAGUAUGAAUUUGCAAACAGUGACCUAAAGUCAGUGUGAUUUCCUAUGAUCUACAGCAGUCAUUCAAGUCAUGUAGUUGAGUAGCGUAUCAUUGUCAUUAACUGUCGAGUUCACUGAUCGUUUCUUACAUCUCACAUGAAGAUGUAGCGAGAAUUAGGACUGACUUUAAUUCCAAUCAAGUAUUAUCUCAAAAUGUCUUUUGUAGUUAGAGCCAAUCUCUAAUGUGUUUAAUUUUAGAGAUACCACACAAAAAAAAUCAAUGGUUGCCAAUUUCUUUUUAAUCAAUGUGUCUUAUGUGGACUUAAUCAAGUCAAACAAAUGAAUUGUUCCUUGUACUACAGAUCUUUUGUAUUGUCUGUGGCAGAAUAAUUGCCUGCAAAAAAUGCUAGAAAAUAUAUAAUUUGGCCCAAUAACUUUCCAGCUAAUGUGCAAAAAUUGAAAAAAAAAAUUUUCCACAAACAAAUGGUUUAGAAAAUACAGCUUAUUUUAUACCACUGAGAUUCUUGUCACUCAUUUGAUUAAAAAGAAUGCAAAAAGUUAAAAAAUGUAUUUCAAAUUUGGUGUACUUUUGCAUACUGAUAAUAAUACAUACAUUAAUGCA